AACCUGUCAGUAUCUUAUACCAACAUGAGUGAGCAACGCGGCUCGAGUGCCUUCGAAGGAUCCUCGGACUGUACUGGUCUCUCGAAGAAGCAACAUACCGAAUCCGAGAGAAGACCGUCAUGGCGUGGGAGAGACUCGGAAAGCCCUGGCCUACGACGCAAAUCUUCAGAAAGAAGAAGGUCAUUCGAGAGAGCUCCAGACCAUAAACAGUGGUGGAAAUUCACGCUGAGGUCUUGGGAUGAUGACCAAAAACAGGAUUGGUGGUUCGCUGGCACUGCAAUCCCACUCCUCGCUGCGACUAUGGCCUUAGUCACGCCGUGGAGAAUGUGUCUACUUGAUGGAGUUGAUGCAGAAACCUGUCCAUGGAACGGGUCUAGUGAGCUGCUUGCAGAUCUCGACGGCCACACCUUUGCAGAUCCCCACUGGUGUUACGCGCUCAACAUAUUCUCACUCGCACUAGGCUUCGCAGGAAACGUCUUCUUACUAUUCAACUUCACAAAUCGUAUUAGAUAUAUUAUUGCGCUUCCCUUGACCAUCGUCCUGUGGUAUGCCGCAACUGCAAUUGUGAGUGGUCGCAAGCCCAGCUUUUGGGAUCAGUCUAAACUAACAUCUACAGNNUUGAUUGGUAUCGAAGCAUCCAUGAACCAGUACGUGCCGCCUCAGCGGCCGCAGCAAAGCUAUACGCAAGGCUUUUGGUAUGCCGUUAUUGCUGCAAUUUUCUAUCUGAUUUGCUCGAUGCUGCUCAUGGUCAACAUGCUUGGGUAUUUUCUUGGGCAUUACCCACAACGAUUCAAUCUCACAGAUUCUCAUCGUACGCUUAUCCUGCAGACCAUGUUAUUCUUUGUAUGGCUCGCUGGAGGCGCAGGUGUGUUCUCGCUGGUCGAGAGCAAGUACGGACAGGAUCUGUUCAAUUGGUCCUACGUCAAUGCACUGUACUUUUGUCAGGUUACUGUACUAACCAUCGGCUUCGGUGACUUGUAUGCAACAAGCAACAUUGGCCGAGGCCUAGUCAUGCCUUACGCCGUGGGAGGUAUCAUCAUGCUUGGUCUGAUAGUGACCAGUCUUACAACAUUUGCGGCCGAGCUUGGGGAAGACAACAUAGUCCAGAAGCAUAUUGAGAGGAGCCGUACUCGGACGAUUGGAAGAUCAUUCACGAGUUCGAUCGAGCUCAGAGAACGCGAAGAACUUGCAACGGGCUUGAGACCGACGAUUUCGAGGCCCUUCGAUCCAGUAAAUCGCAGUAUUGUGUUUGCAGAGGAUGCUACACAAUCAAAAGACAUCAAUCCAAGCCCAGAGCAAGGAGCUUUCAGCGCUCUAAGACGCACUGCAACACUACCGUUGACCGUGCUUCGGCCAGCUCGCAAGCCUCGUCUUUUACUCCUUCGCGAAGAGAAAGAUCGUUUCAAUGCGAUGCGACGCAUACAAAAGAAGACUCAAAAAUGGAAGAAAUGGUCUGGUCUUUGUAUUUCGGUCUCAGCAUUCUCCAUCCUUUGGUGCAUUGGUGCCUUGAUCUUCUGGAUCGCCGAGCGCCGUGUCCAGGGCAUCACCUACUUCCAGUCGCUUUACCUCUGCUGGGUUUCCCUUCUCACAAUUGGAUACGGCGACCUCGCACCGAAAUCCAAUGCUGGGCGUCCCUUCUUCGUGGUCUGGAGUCUUAUCGCUGUCCCGACAAUGACGCUUCUAGUUGCCGACAUGUCGACCACCAUUGUUAACAGCUUCAACCAAGGCACUUUCCGUCUAGCCGACUUUACCAUCCUACCCAAACACGGCAUUUGGCGCACAUGGUUAGAAAACCACAAGGAGCGCAAAGCAGUGCAGCGCCGCCUAGAACGAGGCUUUGAGACUGGCAUCACAGAGGACGAACCCACUAUCGACAAUCUUGCCAAAGAAGAAGGCAGCAAAGCACCUAGUGAUGGCGAGCUGGCCAGGAGGCUAGCACACGCCAUUCAAAACGUAGCCCAGGAUUUGAAGCAAGAUCCACCACAAUCCUACACUUACGAAGAGUGGGUGAAAUUCACGCAGUUGAUCCGCUUCACAGCCAUAGGAGAUAGAGAGGAAGGCGGUAAUAGGUAUGAAGCGGAUGAAGAUGGUAUGAUCGAGUGGGAUUGGAUUGGUGAACAUAGUCCGCUCAUGGCGCAGCAAAGUGAAGCGGCAUUCGUGCUGGACAGAUUGUGUGAGAGUAUGACGAGAUAUGUCCGGAAGAUGGAAGCCAUCCGCCGCCCUGGAGGUGUUGGAAAGAAAGAAGAAGACGGAGAUAUAAAGAGGCAAUCGCGUGAAAUUGAAGAGAUCAAUGAGGAGAUUGCGGAAGCUUGA